AUGGCUGCAGAUGAAGCCUUAGGUGGGUCAGUUGUUGCGGGAGAUGUAAGGCUUUCCACCCUCGGGAAGGAGGACGGCUUUCUGCAUCAGAAGUUUAACAUUUCACAUUCUAAUUCUUCUUUUGUUGUUUUUGGCUUUCUUCUAGGCUACGGAGAGCUAAAUGGUAACGCAGGAGAAAGAGAAGUGUCAUUAAAGGGCCUGUGCUCUGAUGAAACCACCGCCCCAGGAUCCAGGGUACCCAAUGGCAGCCAGCAGCUCGUAGACACUAACGUGACCCCAAAGCAGUCUGUGAAGGCCAGUGCUUUGGGGAAAGCUGGAAUCAAAACCAAGAACUUCAUUCAGAAAAAUAGCAUGGACAAAAAGAAUGAGAAGUCCUACGAAAAUAAACUUAGAGAAAGCCAGUCCUCAGACAAGCCAGAGGGAGUGUCUAUUCCAAACGGUGUGGUAACCAGUAAUUCUAGCUAUAUCACGAAUGGCUACGUAGGCAAAGGUGCCGAUAACGAUGGUAGCGGCUCAGAGAGUGGAUAUACUACACCUAAAAAACGGAAAGGCAGGCGCAACAGCGCCAAGGGUUGUGAGAACUUGAAUCUAGUACAGGACAAAAUAAUGCAACAGGAGGUCAGUGCACCAACCUUAAAACAGGAACUUGAGAGUUUCAAGCCUGAUUAUACUGAACAAAAGGGGAACCGAAUUGAAAAUACUAAGCCUGUUUGGAAAUACGAGGCUGGGACUGGUGGAGCAGGCCGGGGAAAGCCUGGGCUUGGGGAUGUGCAGCGAAAAAACUCUGAUGCCAAACCUGGGAUUAGCAGCAAGAAGUUUGAUGACCGGCCCAAAGGGAAGCAUGCAUCAUCUGCUACGUCUAAAGAGGAUUCGUGGACCUUAUUUAAACCACCCCCAGUUUUUCCAGUGGACAACAGCAGUGCUAAAAUUGUUCCCAAAAUAAGUUAUGCAAGUAAAGUUAAAGAAAACCUCAACAAAGCGGCUCAAACCCCAUCCACAUCGUCUUUGUCAUCUUCGUCAUCUGCCGGGGAAGCUCAGGCCCAAACAUCAAGUCGACUGUCCCAAGUCCCCAUGUCUGCUAUGAAAUCUGUUACUUCUGCUAGCUUCUCGAAUGGGCCGAUUCUAGCAGGGACUGAUGGAAGUGUGUAUUCUCCAGGGACCCAGCCACUGCUCUCAACUGCUGCUAGUACCGUACCAUCAACCUCCUCUGAGUCAGUACCCCAGGACACGAGUACAACUUCAACAGCUCUCGAACAAAAGAAAUCUAGCCUUUUUAUCUACCCUUCAAAUAUGCAAACUGUGCUUCUGGGUACAGCGCAAGUCGAUUUCCCGUCACAGGCGAAUCAGCAGAACCUGGGAGAUAUCUUCCAGAAUCAGUGGGGCUUGUCUUUCAUAAACGAGCCCAGUGCUGGCCCUGAAACUGUUGUGGGGAAAUCUGCAGAUAAUCAGUUAACGGAAGUGACAUUUCAAGGGGAAUAUCCUGCCACUUUGGUUUCACAGUGUGCUGAAAUCAUUCCCUCAGGAACUGAACAACCUGUGUUUCCUAAGGCUUACGAGCUGGAUAAACGGACUAGCCCUCAAAUUCUUAGUGCUAUUCUUAAGCCUGGGACUGCUGUUGAGGGUGGUGUCUUAGCUUUGGAGUCGCAUCACACAGGUGACCUACAAAAGGCAGACCCCGGUAGCCAAGGUGCUUUAGUGUUUCUUUCAAAAGACUAUGAAGUAGAGAAUCCUCUGGCCUCUCCUACGAACAAUUUGCUAGCCUCCGCCAAAGAACAGAGGUACCAGAGAGGCCUAGAAAGGAAAGAUAGCUGGGGUUCUUUUGACCUGAGGGCUGCUAUUAUAUAUCACACUAAAGAAAUGGAAUCGGUUUGGAAUUUGCAGAAGCAAGAUCCCAAAAGGAUAAUCACUUACGAUGAAGCCAUGGAUCGCCCGGAUCAAUGAAGGUAGCAAGACGAGACUGCCUGUUAUAACCUUUCUGCAGCAUUUGUGCUGUUCGUGGGGGACAAAAGGCUUUUAUGCUCCUUCUAAAUCUUCAGUGCAGCAGAGGAACCAUAACUAGAAUCACAGGAUAAUAUAUACAAAUAUAUAUAUAGUUAUUUAAAAAUGGCAACUGAAAGUAAUUAGACUUCUUAAGGAAUCUGAAAAUUUAUUUCAACGAGACUACACACGUGAUUAUUUAAUCUCCGGUACUGAAUAGAUUUUUUUCGUUUUUUUGUUUUGUUUUUGUUUAAAGAGUGAAUGCAAGUGAUUAACAAAUACAGACUCAAUGUACAAGCCCGGUUCUAAAGUUUCUGCUGUCGUCUACAUGGGCAACAGCAACCCACUGGAGAGGCAUUUCCACUUGACAAGGUUUCUGUUUCUUGUUCUGUGACUGUAGUGACACACUAAUCACAGGGAAAUCAGGAUGAUUCACCAUCCUUCAUCUCCCCUUUUCCUUCCACCUCCCCUAUUUGGUUUUUUUUUCUGUUUUGUUUUCCAUUGAAUGCUGGAGAAACGCCUUGAAGUUUGCAGAGUUUCUUUUUUUUUUUUCCAGAAAAUUAUAAUCCGCAUGUUUUGCCAGGAGUAAAGCAGCCAAUCCUAUGCUGGGGAUAUUGUCUUAAAGCAUCAUUCUUCUGGGGGAAAGAUGGUAAUAACUGCAGUUCUAGGAUGCAUGGUGAAGUCACACAGUUGACCUGGCUCCGGUUACACGUUGGACUAUUGCAACUGAAGAGUUCUUUCAUUUUAAAAGACAACGUGCAAAAAUAAGCAAUCUGUUUAGGCAUUUAAUAUGAAAAAAAAAACCAACAAAAACCCACUGUUCCCAUAGUUUAAUGCCAUUGUAUUACUGGGAGCAAAAAAAAAAAAAUCUUCUGCUUUCAACUGUAGGUGCUUCAUAUUUGCUCUGUCUGUCUCCUAACACUAAACGUGCUGGAUUUUUUUCCCAUUUUCGUUGGAAAACUGAAGAGGAAUUGAGUUCUGCUAACUUUCACCCUUCUUGAAUUUUUUUUUCUCUUUAAAAAAAAAAAAACACAAAAAAAAAAAAAGAAAAAAGACAAAAACAGAAAAAAAAAAAAGGGAAUUUGAAUCCUUUUCAUUUUGUCCAUAGAACGCCAAUGGCUGGUCUUCCCACACCUGCCCAUUGGAAAUGCUCUUUUAUAUUUUAAUGCAGUCUGUGUAUUUCCGGGCUCUGCUUCUAAUUAUCUCUUAAUAAAAAUAUAUUUUAUUACAAAAAUGGAGGACUUAGGAAUGAAAAUAACAAUUUAAAAAUUUAAAAAAAAAAAAUCCCGAGGAAGGGAAAGCUUCCUAGCAGUGGUAGAGAAGGCUGAGCAGACUGCAGACUCCAGCUGUGUAACCCGCUCUGUCCCAUUGCAGCUUGUGUAGCGCAUCCAAAUCAUCUUGGGGUUGGGUAGUUUUUCUGGGUUUUGUUUUUUUUUUUUAAAAGGUGGAAAGUUCACAGGGUCCAGUGCAAGAGCAAGCAGUGAAUGAAGCAAAAAUGGGAUUUCUGACCAGCCCAAGCUCCACACGUACCCAGUGCUCAUCAUCGGUGUUUGUGGCUGAAUGCUGGCUAAUACAUGUCUGGGCAUCAAGGUCAGCAGCAGCUGGUGUGUCCUAAAAUUAGAUUGGACCCUAUGGGGCAUUACAGGAAGCAGAUAAGCCCAAGACCUUUGCCUACCCCUCGUGCUUAGAUUUAUCCACGCUUUUUUUUUUUGUUAACUAGGAGUAUGUAGCAUGCGUUUUUUAAUUGUUUUUAUUCUUUUAAUAAGAUUGUUCCUGAAUGAGACGCUUAGGUUCAUGGUGGGACAAUGAAACUUAAUUCUGUACCUUUUGUAAGAUUGCUAGCUUUCUGCCAUGCUUAGUUUUAAAAGUUUGACUAUGGAUUGCCUACUCCAUUUUAUGUAUAAAAUACUAUAUAGUAUAAUACUGUAGUGUAAUACUAUAUAGUAAUCAUGUAUUGUAUCAGUCCAGGUUCAGAAAUGUGUGGUUGGCCAGUCGCAAAUAGUUCUGUUUCACCUAUAAACUGUACCACCUUUACAGGUGUGUGUAACUUUCAGAUGUAUAACAUGUUUACAGCUGUGCCCGACAUCUAGUCCUCUGAUGUUCCUAUUUUUAAUUCUGUUGAGUCUCCCAACUGCUUGCCAAAAGUCGGAAUCGCCUCCGGCUCCGCUGCGGAAGAGCUGGGGCGUUCCUGAGCUUUAAAGUGUUGAACAAACUGGACGGUGGGACUGGGAAGAUUAAAGUGGAAAAAACGUUCUUUUAUUAUUAUUUUCAAAAAGUUGAAGGCUAAUAGCAAAGUUUCCAGUUUGUUUUACUGGCUUUAAGGCUCUGCUGUGUAUUUCUUUGCCUUGUGUAGUCACUUGUCGCCUUAAGGGCUGGGUUCCAUUAAAAAAAAAAAAAAAAAAAAAAAAAAGACACACACAAAAAAAAAAAGACAAAACCAAACCCUGUUUUGCUUACCUGGGGUCUGCGCUGUCCUGGUACCCCUGCCCCCAGAUCCCCUCUCGGGGCUGGCGCGAUGCAGCAGCUGAACAGCAAUAACCCAUGCUGAAUCUGACCCUGCGUGUUUAGAAAGGUCUGAGUCUUGCUGAAUACUUGAGGACGCUCAUCUUGGCCUAGUCCAGUCUAUCUCCUAAAUAGCGAAAGAAGUGCUGAAAGAAACACGGUUCGAGUGAUGGGUUGGUUUUUCCCUGAUGUUCGUCCCUACUGCUUUUCCUCGCUGCACGUGGCCCCUUGCCAGUGGUACCCAUCCAGAAACACCCCUCUGCAGCUUCUCUGCUGUAUUUCUGACCAUCCUCUCUUCAAAUGUCUGUCUGUCUGCCUCCGUGAGCUCCACGGUGUGUGCUCAGCGCUAAGCAGUUAGGAAAUCCUUCCUCCGAGCUCCUGUAGCUCUGGCAUGCCGGCACAGGCAGUAUUUCUGGGAUAGACUAUUGCCUAGAGCCAGGCAGGACCGUGGAAGAAACUUCCUUGUGCCGUCAUGUAACUCACCCUGUCGCUGUCUGCAGUCCUCCCGAAGUCCUCACACAAUUCUUUACUGAGCACUUAUUAAAAAUAUCUUAAGAUUUAAUCUGUUUUCUGAUUAUUUUUGUG